AUGUCAGAACCCGACUCAAGCCAUUACGAAGCCAUCGUCAUCGGCUCAGGCCAAGGCGGCGGCCCCCUUGCACAGGCCCUAGCCAAAGCCGGCCGACGGACUGCUCUGAUCGAAGCCAAACAUGUGGGAGGAACCUGCAUAAAUGAAGGCUGCACGCCGACCAAGACAAUGGUGGCGAGCGCGCGGAUCGCACAUCUGGCGUGCCGCUCAGCCGACUACGGCGUGCAGAUCAAGAAGAACAGUCUGGUCUUGAAGAUGGAGAAGGUGAGACAGCGGAAGCGCGAUAUUGUGGAGAGUUUCCGGACAGGCAGCGAGAAUCGGAUCAAAGCUACCGACGGUCUGGAUUUGAUUAUGGGGACGGCGCGCUUCACUGGACCCAAGACGGUCGAGGUGACGCGCACGACGCCGAAGAGGGAGGACAACGGCGGAACGACGACGGCGGAUCAGGAAGAGACCCGUCCCGUCUCUUCAACUCUCACGCUUACCGGCGACCAAAUCUUCAUCAACGCCGGCUGUUCCCCUGCACCGCUGCAAGCGAGGGGCACGGACACUGUUCUGCAGAACGCAAAUGGCAGAGUGCUCGACUCGACCAGCAUCAUGGAACUGGCUGAGGUGCCACGGCAUCUGGUCGUGCUCGGCGGCGGCGCCGUCGGCUGCGAGUUCGCGCAGAUGAUGCGUCGAUUUGGGGCUCGAGUCAGUCUGGUUCAGCACGGCGCGCAGCUGCUGCCGAAUGAAGACGCCGACGUCGCGGCAGAGAUGCUCAAGAUCUUCGUCGAUGCCGGCAUUGAUGUCUAUCUGGGUGCGCGGGUCCGGGAGGUGUCCAACAUCACGCUGGGCCAGAUUGUGGUGCAGUUGGAGCUGGGACAGAUUGAACAUCAUGGCAAGGGCAAUGCCGACCAGGAGGACCAUGAGGAUGGUGGAGGGAUCAAAUCGCUGCUCGCCUCCCAUCUGCUGGUCGCGACAGGCAGAAACCCCAACACCGAAGCACUCAACUUGGCUGCGGCGGGAAUUGAGGUCGAUGCACGCGGAUAUAUCAAGGUCGAUGACUAUCUCGCCACCUCGGCACCAGACAUAUAUGCCCUGGGAGACAUCAAGGGCGGCCCGGCACAGACGCAUGUUGCAUACGACGACUUCCGCGUGCUGCGGGACAAUCUGGUCACAGGCGGUGCUGGCGGUAGUAAGCCUCCUGCUGCGGGAGGUCAUCAAGCAUCCGUCGCUGACCGACUGAUUCCAUACACCAUCUUCACAGAUCCGCAGCUAGGCCGGGUCGGCUUGACCGAGAAGGCGGCCCGAACCCUGAGCCUCCAAAUCAAAGUGGCCAAAAUGCCCAUGUCGUACGUCGCGCGCGCGUUGGAGAUGGACGAAACCCUGGGCCUGAUGAAGGCCGUGGUCGACGCCGAGUCCAGGCAGAUACUGGGGUUCGCGUGCUUGGGCAUCGAGGGCGGGGAGAUCAUGAGCAUGGUCCAGCUGGCCAUGCUGGGUGGCUUGGCCUACGACAAGCUGGAGAAUGCCAUGUUCGCUCAUCCUUGUCUGUCUGAGAGCUUGAACAAUCUGUGGGGGUUCCUCGAGUGA